CGCUGCUUCCUUUCUAUGUUUUGCUUUCGAUCUGGAGAACGAAAUAGCUUAAAUAUAAGUUUUCGUUUUGAUAUCGGUAUCUACCAUUGAAUCGAUUUCUUCUUUUCAAUAGUGACAAGAGUAUUAUUAUAUUCUGGGACAGACUAUCCACGUAUCGCAGGCCACCAUGCCAGUGGAAAGAAUGAGGAUGCGUCCGUGGCUGGAGGAACAGAUCAACUCGUGUAAAAUACCAGGUCUCAAAUGGGUUAACAGGGAAAAAAGAAUAUUCCAGAUUCCCUGGAUGCAUGCUGCGCGGCAUGGCUGGGAUGUGGAGAAAGACGCGCCAUUGUUUCGAAACUGGGCCAUUCACACAGGUAAAUAUCAACCUGGUCUGGAUAAACCUGACCCGAAAACGUGGAAAGCCAACUUCCGUUGUGCAAUGAACUCUCUGCCUGACAUUGAAGAGGUAAAAGAUAAAAGUAUCAAAAAGGGAACAAAUGCCUUCAGGGUCUACAAGAUGCUGUCGCCUUCAGAGAGACAGUCAAAGAGAGGAAAGAAAAAAUGUGACAAGGAGGAAAAGAUAAAGGUUGAACCCAGGUCUCCUGCAUUGGAAAAUGUGAAUGGUGCUGGGGGCCUAGUGGUAGUCAAAGAAGAGAUGAUGACGGACCAUACUGCACUGACGGAAUCAGGCUCUCGGAGCUCAGUAGAAGAGCAGAUGGUCAUCAGUGAACUCCCAGAGGUGUGUCAGACCAUAGAGGUUGUGACAGAGAAUGAAGACCAGGCAGUGACCUCCAGUCAUCCCUACCCACUGCAGAUCUCUCCUGUGUCCUCUUAUGGAGAAAGUGACACUGACAGUGUUCACAGUGAAGAAGACACCAAAGAGGGGCUACAAAAUAUCUGGAACGCCAAGCAGCAUCCCCUCAACAUGAAACUGCCCACAUGUUCCUUGCCUGGCAUGUCCACCUUUGUCAACCAGACCAAGACAAACUUCAAGAUUACCGCCAUACCAGACUCUGAGCCUCGCGCUGUGCCUUACGCUGCUGCAACCUGGACCCAGUUGCCGCGGCAACUUCCCUCCCAGUCCCCGGGCCCGUCUGGCAAGCCCGUGGCUUCCGAGACCCGGGCUAGCGUCAUCAUGAAGACUUCCGACGUGUCCAAAUCCUCCGUGAAGUCCUGCUGAGCAGGUCCAUCAGACCCAGACACCACGCUCCGGCAUCGUUGGACACUAAAGACGGAUCAGAGACUCGAGGAACACUAUCGAUCCUUUCGAGAAGAGCAGCGGACAGGGGAUGCUCAGGCAUAAGAACGACUGCCCAGGCUGAACACAUUGUCCUUUUUCCUGGGGGGGGGUUCCAGCCUCAGCGGACCGAUGCCUAUCGAAACGCGUCUCCUUGCCUUUUUAAUUCAGGGAGAGGUUCAGUGAUGUACUCGUUGGAAAGUGCCUGAAUCUGGAGUGUCUAGUUGUUUUUUUUUUGUUUGUUUUUUAUUGCCCAUUGUUAAUAUGUAUGUACAUAUGGAAAAUGGCCUUGUGUAAUUGCCAAUGACUUCUGCACCUUAAGGUAAAGCACUGAAUGAGGUAACUGUGGCUUCUCUCUGUUCCGCAACAACUAGGGAAUACGUUAUGUCUCUUAGGAAUAUUGUGAGCUUGUCCUUGUGUGUAUCUCAUUUAGAACAGCCAAAAGGAAAAAAAACAUGCACCUAGUUAAACCAUCUUAACUUAUCCUUAAACGUCUCUUACAUGCCAAUAUAUUUUUGUAUAAAGGGAAUUUUAUCUGAGGUGAAAGAGCGUGUUCUAUUUCAUUAA